AAGUUGCCAAACGGAAUCUUUCCACAUACAGAUAACUACACAUAUUCAAGGAGUUUAUAUUCAAAGUACAUAAUGGCUUCAAUAAAGCUAGUACCGUUUGAGGAAGAAUUGAAGAAGAAUUCCGAGUUAAAAGAAUCAGAUGUACAAAUGUUGAGAGAAUGGUGCGAAAAGCAGCCUCAUCUGCCUAAAAUAUCAGACAGCGAAAUAGCAUUAUUCUUGCAUAGUAAUUAUUAUCGACUCGAACCGACGAAAACUACUAUCGACACCUAUUUUACAGUUAGGACCCACGUACCUGAAUUUUUCUGCAAUCGAGAUCCUAUUAAUAACAAGGAGUUCAAAAAAGCAACUGAAACGGUAACAAAUAUAAUUUUGGAUGGAACUACUAGAGAAGGUUAUAAAAUCAUUUAUGGAACACUCUUAGAUGACGAACCAUCACAUUUCGUAUACAACGAUACUAUAAAAUUUCUGAAUAUGGUGAUUGAUUUAUGGCUCUGUACGGAAGGCACUUGCGAUGGUCAUAUAUUAUUAGUCGACAUGAAACCCGUUUCUCUUGGUCAUGUCGGUCGUUUAAGCCCCAUGGCCAUGAAGAAAUUCCUUUAUUAUCUACAAGACGGAUUACCUGUUAGAUUAAGAAGCUUUCAUUUCAUGAAUGCUUCUCCGGUAAUAGAUCUUAUUUUGAAUAUGAUGAAACCUUUCAUGAAAAAGCAGCUCUUAGAUAUGUUUCAUAUGCAUACUACGAAUGAUACUUUGGAGAAGUUUGUACCUCUUGAAGUUCUUCCAAAUGAAUCAGGCGGUCAAGCCGGUCCUGUACAGGAGCUACAUGAUAAACAAAUAAAAAAAUUGAUAGAUCACGUUGCCUGGUUUGAAGACGAUGAAGCUAAUCACCGCGUCAAUGAAUCGCUACGACCGGGCAAAGCAAAGACAGCAACGGAUUUAUUUGGCGUUGAAGGAAGCUUUAAGAAGCUGGAAAUUGAUUGA